AUGGCCGCAGCCAUCGACAUGUAUAAGUACUACAAUACCAGCGCACACCAGAUCGCCUCCUCGCCCCCCUCGGAUGAGGAGCUCGCGAAAGCACUCGAGCCUUUUAUAACGAGUGCUUCUUCCCCCUAUCAUCGCUACUCGUCCUCUUCAUCCAUGGCCCAAGAUUCUUACAUGCCUACACCCUCUUACGCCACCUUCGGCACCUCGCCUCUUCCCACCCCCGCCGCCUCCUCCUCCUCGCCUUUCUCACAGCUUCCGCCACUCUACUCGUCGCCUUACGCGGCUACGGCGGCGUCGGGCAUGGCUGGGCCGAUGGGCCUGAACCAGCUCGGCCCGGCCCAGAUCCAGCAGAUCCAGGCCCAGUUCAUGUUCCAGCAGCAGCAGCAGCAGCAGAGGGGCCUGCACGCGGCGUUCCUGGGCCCGCGGGCGCAGCCGAUGAAGCAGUCCGGGUCGCCGCCGCUGGCGCCGGCGCAGUCGAAGCUGUACCGCGGCGUGCGCCAGCGCCACUGGGGCAAGUGGGUGGCGGAGAUCCGCCUCCCCAAGAACCGCACGCGGCUGUGGCUCGGCACCUUCGACACCGCCGAGGACGCGGCGCUCGCCUACGACAAGGCCGCCUUCCGCCUCCGCGGCGACAUGGCGCGCCUCAACUUCCCGGCCCUCCGCCGCGACGGCGCGCACCUCGCCGGCCCGCUCCACGCCUCCGUGGACGCCAAGCUCACCGCCAUCUGCCAGUCCCUGGCGGGGUCGUCCAAGAACGGCUCCUCCGGCGACGAGUCGGCCGCGUCCCCGCCGGACUCCCCCAAGUGCUCGGCGUCGACGGAGGGGGAGGGGGAGGAGGAGUCGGGCUCCGCCGGCUCCCCUCCUUCCCCGACGCUGGCGCCGCCCGUGCCGGAGAUGGCGAAGCUGGACUUCACCGAGGCGCCGUGGGACGAGACGGAGACCUUCCACCUGUGCAAGUACCCGUCCUGGGAGAUCGACUGGGAUUCCAUCCUCUCAUGA